AGUAGACUCUGCCUCUCCCUGCGUGGCGCGCGGGGUUCAGCACUUCGGAAAGCACCCCCAUCUUCUCGCACGGAGAUUAUGCAAGCUCUUCGGGGCUCUCAGCAGAGGUGGGUGCCAAUGUAACUCAUCAAACGCUGGCAACUCACUGGGGGUUGACAAUAUCGGACACACAGAAAACACCAACGGAGCUCCAGGAAGUGAUGGCGUGAAUCAGCCUUCAGGCAGUCAGAGCGAGACACAGAUGUCCACGAUCUGUUUUCCUCUAGAAGGAGAGAAACUCCUCCGGGCAACCUCAGAAGCCAACAAAGGUACUGGGAGAGCCGUGCUCCUGAGUAGGGGACUGCAUCUAAGUGACAGCAGGAAAGCAGAGGGGUAUGACUCAGUCUUAGAGUAGGUAGCUGGAGACUCAGUUCUCACCAGGAGGAACCUUGAUCCCCAGCCACUUGCCUAGAACUAUCCUCUCUUCUAAACCCACCAAGAACUGAUGCUGAGUGCAGCCAACCCCUGCGCCCAAGGCGGUUCUGGGCGCCAACGCGGCUCAGCAUCCAGUUUCCAGGAGCCCUUUUGAGCGUCUACAUAGAAAGCUCAGGCACCUGCUUUGCGCGCCCGCCUGGGUACCACACCCGGAGCAAGCGCUGACUCUCGGUAGUCGGCUUGCAGAACGUGACUAAGGCGCACCUGAGCAUGCAGGUGGCUUCUGCAACCCCCGCGGCCACCGUGAGGAAAGCAGCUGCGGGUGAUGAGCUCUCAGAAUUCUUCGCUCUGACCCCAGACUUGCUGGAAGUGGCCAACGCCAGCGGCAAUGCGUCGCUGCAGCUUCAGGAUCUGUGGUGGGAGCUGGGGCUAGAGUUGCCAGACGGUGCGGCGCCUGGGCAUCCUCCGGGUGGCGGCGGGGCAGAGAGCACAGACACUGAGGCCAGGGUACGGAUCCUCAUCAGCGCGGUUUACUGGGUGGUUUGUGCCCUGGGACUGGCCGGCAACCUGCUGGUUCUCUACCUGAUGAAGAGCAAGCAAGGCUGGCGCAAAUCCUCCAUCAACCUCUUUGUCACUAACCUGGCACUGACUGACUUUCAGUUCGUGCUCACUCUGCCCUUUUGGGCUGUGGAGAACGCACUAGACUUCAAGUGGCCCUUCGGCAAGGCCAUGUGUAAGAUCGUGUCCAUGGUGACAUCCAUGAACAUGUACGCCAGCGUCUUCUUCCUCACUGCUAUGAGCGUGGCGCGCUACCACUCGGUGGCCUCGGCUCUCAAGAGCCAUCGGACCCGAGGGCGUGGCCGUGGCGACUGCUGCGGCCAGAGCUUGAGGGAGAGCUGCUGUUUUUCAGCCAAGGUGCUGUGUGGGUUGAUCUGGGCUUCGGCUGCGCUGGCCUCGCUGCCCAAUGCCAUUUUUUCCACCACCAUCAGGGUGUUGGGUGAGGAGCUCUGCCUCAUGCACUUUCCAGACAAGCUACUGGGCUGGGACAGGCAGUUCUGGCUGGGUUUGUACCACCUGCAGAAGGUGCUGCUGGGCUUCCUGCUGCCGCUGAGCAUCAUCAGUCUGUGUUACCUGUUGCUUGUGCGCUUCAUCUCCGACCGUCGCGUAGUUGGGACAACAGAUGCAGUAGGAGCAGCAGCAGCGCCUGGGGGAGGCCUGAGUACAGCCAGCGCUAGGAGACGCUCCAAGGUCACCAAGUCGGUGACCAUCGUCGUCCUCUCCUUCUUCCUGUGUUGGCUGCCCAACCAGGCGCUUACCACCUGGAGCAUCCUCAUCAAGUUCAACGCCGUGCCCUUCAGCCAGGAGUACUUUCAGUGCCAAGUGUACGCGUUCCCAGUCAGCGUGUGCCUGGCGCACUCCAACAGCUGCCUCAACCCGAUCCUCUACUGCUUAGUGCGCCGCGAGUUCCGCAAGGCGCUCAAGAACCUGCUGUGGCGGAUAGCCUCGCCUUCGCUCACCAACAUGCGCCCUUUCACCGCCACCACCAAGCCAGAACCUGAAGAUCACGGGCUGCAGGCCCUGGCGCCGCUUAAUGCUGCUGCCGAACCUGACCUGAUCUACUAUCCACCCGGUGUGGUGGUCUACAGCGGGGGUCGCUACGACCUGCUCCCUAGUAGCUCUGCCUACUGAGACCUGCCAAGGCUCAAGGUCUUUCAAGGAAAAGGAGAGGGAAGGGAGAACAGUUUGGAGGCUGAAGGGGUGAGAAUGGAGAAAUUCCUGGGAAAGGGAUGUGGGGAAGAGCACUGUGACGGCGCCAGAGGAGGACUGUCCCUGCAGAAAUCACAUUAAGGAAGGAAUACCUGGGACCAGAUAGAGCAAGCAGCCUUGCCUCCUAGUUCCCACUCCAUGCCUUCUAUCCCAAGCCCCAUUUCUGCACGUGCGCGCUGAACACUGGGACACCCAGAAGCUGGGGAAGGAUCAGAGAAGCAGAGGGAUUGAGUUGUGUAGGAGUUGGUGCUCAUAUAGCCUUUCCUAAGCUCUUUGACCUGGGAGUGUCCCAAGCAAGCAUCUAACUUGCUGUAACCAUCUGGGAAAGAAUGAGAAGUUAAACCCCGGUAUCCUUUAUCACCCUCGACAGGGCUAAUGUGCACGAGCUGAGACUGAUCUCCUCCUCGCCAUACCACGCAUCUGAGCAGAGAUGUCACCGGGAGUCUUUAGGCAGUGGCAUGAGGUGCCAAAGAGAGCACUGUGAUUAGAGGGUACGAAACAGAGAGACCCUGAAGGAACAGGGGGACUGCAUAAGUGUCUCCGGAAGCCUAGUUAUCCGGAAUGUCUUGAGGGCAGUCUGGAGACCUGGCGCUCUGGUCUAUUGUUGGAGGUGAACCAGCAAGCAUCCGGAAAAGCUCUGCUGGGGGUGUGGGAACAUUAGGAGCCCCCCCUCCUUACUCUUUGGGAACCGAGCUGACUGGGAUGAUAAACUGGAUUGGCAGAUAGAGAGAUGGUUCAAUGAUGUUAGAAGCGCAGGAGAUGCUGUCUAGUUGUUCUCUAGAAGCCGAAGAUUGCUCUUUCAAAGUGGGAAGGAGGAUUUAAGUCAAAUCUCUCCUAAGGGGAAGAUUUCUGUUCUCAAGGGCAUCGCCAGAAUCUUAUGAGUAAAGGUAUUGCUCCUGUAACUAACAAAAGAAGGUGAGAGUCAGAACUUGAGUAGACUACCCUAACCAAGUUCCAGGGGCUUGAAUAUUUUACUCAUCUGAAUAUGCAGGACAGCUGCAGGGCUGUCUCUGCAGAGUGAGGCCACUCCUCGUGACAGCUCAGUUCUAGGAACAGUCUGAGAUCUUAAGAUCUUCUCAGAGUCUCUUCUUGAGACUGUUCUGAGGACAGAGAUCAAUAUUAACCUCACCAUUCCUCAAUAAUUGAGAAAAUAAUUGAGAAUAAUAAUAUUGAUCAUUCAGGAUCAAUAGAGAGACUACAGUUCUAUUUGGCUUAGUCUGGGGUAAAGAGGCUGGUGAAGUAGGUACCUCCAAUUGCAGUGUGGUCACUUUAAUACCAUAAGGGACCAUUAGAGAAGCCUUGCUGCUCAAAUGACCUUCUGAACUAUGGGAUUGGUUGAUAAUUUUGUCAAAAUUGCACUGUUACAUAUGAGAGUUAAAGCUUGGGAUAUGGAGUCUACACGCCUGCCAUCAAAGCCAUGCUUUCUGCCAUAUAGUAGUUACACUCAGAUACCUUCCCACAAAAAGCAAAUAAUAAAUAAAUAAAUAAAUAAAUAAAUAAAUCAAAGCAAGUCCUGAGGUAUUGUUUUAAAGUAGCAACAUUAGUCCUCCCAUUGCCCUAUGGUGAUAUUGGUAUUGGUAUUGGCUAGCAACCAGAACAACAAAGGGUGGACUGUGAGCCCCUAAUGCUCAUAGUUGGAUAGUUGUAUGUCACUAUGACAAAAGCUAAAAGUUAUCUGGAAGGGGGAGAUCUCAAUUGAGAAAAUACCUCCAUAAAACCCAGCUGUAGGGCAUUUUUUAAAUUAGGGAUUGACUGGAGAAGACCCAAGCAGGUGGGGGGGUUCCCCUGUCUAGUGGUCCUAGGUUCUAUAGCAAAGCAAGCUGAGAAACCCAUGGGGGAGCAAGCCAGUAAGCACCACUCUUCCAUGGCUUCUACAUCAGCUCCUACCUUCACGUUUCUUCCCUGUUCCCAUUCUGGCUCCCUUCAGUGAUGAACUAUAAUGUAGACGUGCAAGCCAAAUAAGCCCUUUCUUCAUGAACUUGCCUUUUGGCUCUAGUGUUUUGUCACAGGAAAAGAAACCCUAACUAGGACAUGCUCCAAUAUACAAAAUAAAUAAAAGGGUCAACAUAAG